UUUUGCAGUUUUCUUAUUUUCACUCUGUUAUAUAGGUAUGAUUGUGGACCCUUUUUACCAGUGGUGGAGUCAGACUGAAUAAUUGACAGCAGUUAGCAUAAGAACUCAAUGAUUGUAGUUGCAGCACAUUGCAGUACUUAUUAAUUUAUGCAGGAUUGAAGGCCGAAUCUGGAAUUUUGAAUUACUGUGCACUUGACCUACAAACACGAAAAAAUGUCUCAAUAUGCCAUUUUAUCUACACAUUGACAUGGUAGUACUUUCAAAGAUGUUUCCUGGCAGCCUGGUUCUGUAGUUCAACAAUGAUCAUGGAGCCAGUUGUGUAUGCUCUACAACUUCACCUAUAAAUAACAAUGAACUUGGACUAAAUUACCUGUUGAUGUCAAUUGUGUGGCUGAGGUGCUGUACUUUUGUUGUUUUGGUACUAAAGAAUGCUCUUCUCUAAAGCAUUGAAAAAAUUUCGGAAUUGGUUUUCCUGAUAGUUAAUUAAUAGCUCUAAUUUUCAAAGAAAAAAUUAAUGUCUUAUUGUGGUCAAAGGUGGGCACUUGGUUUUAUCUUGAAUGUUUUUUUUAUGUGAACAAAAUACUUCCUUUUUACUAUGAACAGGAAAAUGUGAUUAUCUUAUUUUACCUGAUAUUGUUUUAUGUUCUUACCUUUCUCGUUAAUGCUUGUUUAUUCAUUUGUAGUACAAUUCCUUUAUUGCUGAAUUAUUGCUCCCACUAUUUUAAAACGGCUGUACUUGUCAUGCUUGCAACCAUGUACUAAAUUUGAAAAUUUCUCCUGUGUGAAGUUUGGUUUCCAGGUCCCAAACUUUCAACAGUGAAACAGGUUGCUCUGAGUAUUGCAAUUUGACAAUUCACUCUGAAGUUGUGCAAAAUGUCGUCCAAUCUGAUCACCUCUUGUGCAUGGUCUCCAAAUGAAGCAUUCACCCUAACUGGAAAUGGAUAUAAUUAUUCUACACGUGUAGUACAUGCAUUUCAGUAAUGUACACGUAAUUAAUGAACAAGAAAAUGCUGGCGUUACGGUCAGGUUCACCAUCUCUCCCUCAGAGGACUAUAUUGUCUUAAGAAGGACUUUCCUACAUAAAGAUGAGAAUUCGAAAUAGUCGGUCAAAUUUCUCCCAGACGACUCCACCUGAGACCACACCUAGGGCUGCUCAUCUUCGUUCACAUCAAGGUUCACAAUGUGACCACUUUCUAGUUGAAGAAGAGAAUAGACGCAUGGGAUGGUCCUGUUUUGCAAUAAAACAACUUCCUGCUCAAGUUGUGAGGGAGGAUCUAUUGCAUGAUGAAAUGGAAACAGAAAGCAGUACAGGAAUUAGGCCUUUGAAUUGUGUUGAUAAGGAGAAAGAUGCGAAACAUUGCAUGCGAAUCAAUACAAAUCCAGCCUCUGAAGGGCAGAGUGAAGGAGCAGCAGAUAAAAGGAAAGAGUUUUCUUCAUGUGCUGGCUUUCCAGGGGGUAGAGAAAGCACAACUUCUGCUGCAGACAUUGCUCUUCCUUACACUUUUUCUCAACCAGGAGAGAAACUGCUGUUUAAGAAAAGAAAACCUUAUAACCACACAGAGACUGUAGUAGAGAUGGAAAUAGAGGAAGUAGAAGACGUCAUGCCUGAAGUAAAAGUGGAAGAUGCAAUAAUGGAAGCAAAAGGAAAAUGUGUGUCGGUAGAAGUUGAAGCAGAAGAUCAUUUAACAGAAGUUAAAGAAGAGGAUGCACCAAUUGAAGUUGAAGCGAAAGAGGCAACAGUAGAAAUGAAAGAGGAAUAUAAAUUAGUUGAAGUGGAAGUGGAAGAUGCAGUAUUAGAAGAGGAGGAAGAUGAAAGAGCGGAAGUGGAAGAGUGUGCUACAGAAGAAGUGGAAGAAGAAGUUGCAACAAUGAUGAUAAAAGUGAAAGAUGCAACAGUGGAAGAGGAAGACGCAAAAUUAGAAGUGGAAGAGGACAGUAUGAUGGUAGAAGUAAAGGUGGAGACAACAAAAAUGAACGAGCUAGAUUAUUUCAAUGAAGAUGAUCUUCAGAAGACACAGAGUAUUAACUACACUGUUACUUAUGGCUGUGGGACAUAUGUGCCUUAUCUGAACUUUGAUGAAAACCAGCAGGGGCACCAAAAACAAGAAAUUGGUUUAGAAGAGACAGAAUUUGAGCCAAAUGAGAGGCCAAGAAGGGGAAGGAAAAGAAACCGAUCUGGUCAGUUAGCUAGCAGCAAUAUGCCUCUUCAUUUUGCUGGAAUUAUGAGUGCUAACACAUCGACGAGGGGAAAGCAAAAGCUAAAGAGAGGAAGGCUAAAGAGGAUGCAAGAUUAUUCAGUUCAUGGGAAUCACGGGGGGAGGCAAGAGCUAACUAGAGGAAGGCCAAAGAGGACGCAAGAUCAUUCAGUUGAGGGGAAUCAAGGGUGCAAAGCGAAAAGGAGAAGAGGUCGCCCCAAGAGGAGCACACCAAACAAUAGGGAUCUCGAAAUGCCAAAGCCUAAGAGGGUGAAGGAUCAACCUGGCAACGAGUUAAUGUAAAAGCACAGUGGCUGCCUCAAUGUGUUUUGUAUCAUUGUAAGAACUUUAGUGGAGUUUGCCUUUAUGUACUAAUAAGUAAGUAUUGUCUGUCUUUUAGGAUUUAUGUUUUAUGAUCUACAGCAGAAAAGACUAAAGUGAAAGCUGAAAAACUUGUUUCUGUAA